AAGUGCUUUAUAGUGCUGAGUGUAUAGGAUUUACAAGGAGAUUUUUCAGCUGCAGUUUCUUUCUCUCAUAAUGACAGCAUUCCUGUAUUUGUGUAUAGUCUUGCAGCUCCUUCACCUCACUGUUGCUCAAGUACCCAUUGUCAGUUUUGAGUCCACAGCAGUGAGUAUCCCUGAAGGAACUAGUGCUGAUGUUUGUCUUACCAUUGAUGGACUUGUUUUUAUAUCAUCAUUACUUAUCUCACUGGGAGCUACAGACCAAUCAGCAAUUGCUCCAGAUGACUACACUGCACCUAGUUCAGUAACUUAUUUUUCAGGUGAAUCCAAUAUAGUUUGUGUAAAUGUAACUGCGAUACAAGACAAUGUUGAUGAACCUUCUAAAGACUUUACAUAUUCUAUAAAUCCAGUAAUGGGUUAUGUAUUAGGAACACCUUCCAGUAUUAUCAUUACAAUACCUGGCGCUCCUCCACCUCCUCCUUGUCCUUGUAAAGAUCGCAUUGCUACAUUAGCUUGUAAGGAUAUGGAGAAUAAUGGAGAAUAUCUACCAAUGCCUUGUAGAGAGCUUCUUGGAAACAAUCCUUAAUUAUUUAAAAGACACAACUUAACAUACUGUAGUUAGUUAAUGUAUAGGUGUGCAUAGAUUUUGUAGAUCUUUUUGUUAAAAUUAGCAGAAA